CCCAUGCUCAAAUCCUGGAUCCGCCCCUGCCUAGAUCGCUCGCGCCGGCUCCGGGUAUCCACCAUGAAGGUCGAGGGCAAGGUCGGGAUCUCCAAUAAGGAUGAGAGCAGGCUCAAGGUCGUCGUUGGCGGCGGCAAGCACAAGAAGAACGCGCGGGACGCCUGGAACGCCUUCAUGUUUGAGUUCAGAACGGUGUACCGAACGCAGCACCCUAAUGCGAGCUCAGCCGAUGUGAUGAGCGCUGGAAGGGAGGAGUGGAGAAAUAUGGCUGAAGAUGUGAUGAGGGAUACACAAGAGGAGUGGAGAAAUGUAACUGAAGAAAAGGCACCGUAUCAUGGGGGAAAGGCUGUGAAGAAGAAUCCCGAUCAUGAUGGGUCCAAAGCCACAACUGACAAGGGUUCAAAGAAGGCUGUCAAUAAGGGGCCUGAGAAGACAAGAGCUACAUUUAGAGAGGGUUAAUUAUAUUAAUAGGAUUGGCCUCCGUAGAUUUCUUUUAUCAAGGAGGUCCGUACCUGAGGUCCACAGGAGGGGUCAACCCAUGAAGUACUAUUUACCCAGCAUGCAUACUACGGGCAUGAGGUGAUCUGGUGUAGAAUCAAGCAUAUUUUGUUUAUGGUUUCUAUUUGAAGGCUUGUUAGAUUUUCCUAGGAAUUGUUAUUUAUAAGUUCGCGAUUGCAAUUCCUGGAACCGAAUAACUGAGUAAUGAUGUAUCCAACCAUCAGAUGAUGUCCAUGCCUGUAUUAUUAUCUUUGUAUCUUUCAUGUCAGGAAGUUUGAUGUCUUCGAUCUCCUCGUAAUGUGGUAGGAUACAAAAAUAUGAAUGGUGCUGCUCUUUUGUAGCUUGGAUUUAUUUAAGUUGUUAUAUAAGGUAUAUAUUUUCUGCA